CGCCACCGCCACCGCCGCCGCCGCCGGGCGCCUGGCGCUCCCCUCUUCAGUGGGGCGCUGGGUGCAGUAGCCGCCAGCGGAACAUGGCGCCGUGGACAUUCUGGCGCUGCUGCCAGCGCAGCGUGGGCUGGGUGCCGGUGCUCUUCAUCACCUUCGUGGUCGUCUGGUCCUACUAUGCGUACGUGGUGGAGCUGUGCGUGUUUACCCUCUCUGGAAAUGGAGAAAAUGGAAAGGCCGUUGUUUACCUUGUGGCUUUCCAUCUGUUCUUUGUUAUGUUUGUAUGGUCCUAUUGGAUGACAAUUUUCACAUCUCCCGCUUCCCCCUCCAAAGAGUUCUACUUGUCCAAUUCUGAAAAGGAACGUUAUGAAAAGGAAUUCAGCCAAGAAAGACAACAAGAAAUUUUGAGAAGAGCAGCAAGGGACUUACCUAUCUAUACCACAUCAGCUUCAAGGACCAUCAGAUACUGUGAAAGAUGUCAGUUGAUUAAACCUGACCGGGCACAUCACUGCUCAGCAUGUGACGUAUGUGUUCUUAAGAUGGAUCAUCACUGUCCUUGGGUGAAUAACUGUGUGGGAUUUUCUAAUUACAAAUUCUUCCUGCUGUUUUUAUUGUAUUCCUUGUUAUAUUGCCUUUUCGUGGCUACAACAGUUUUACAGUACUUUAUAAAAUUUUGGACGAAUGAACUCUCUGAUACACGUGCGAAGUUCCACGUACUUUUCCUUUUCUUCGUGUCUACAAUGUUCUUCAUCAGCGUUCUAUCACUUUUCAGCUACCACUGCUGGCUAGUUGGAAAAAAUAGAACAACAAUAGAAUCAUUCCGCUCCGCCACAUUUUCAUAUGGACCUGAUGGAAAUGGUUUUUCUCUUGGAUGCAGUAAAAACUGGAGACAAGUCUUUGGUGAUGAAAAGAAAUACUGGCUACUUCCAAUAUUUUCAAGCUUGGGUGAUGGUUGCAGCUUUCCAACUCGCCUUGUGGGGAUGGAUCCAGAACAAGCUUCUGUUACAAAUCAAAAUGAAUAUCCUAGAAGUAUUGGCUCAAAUCAACCCUUUCCUAUCAAACCACUUAGUGAAUCAAAAAACCGAUUGUUGGACAGUGAAUCUCAAUGGAUAGAGAAUGGAUCUGAAGAAGGCACUGUCAGAUCAGGGACAAAUAACCAUGUUACAGUGGCAAUAGGAAAUUGAGUACCACUUGUUCAUAACUAACCAUUUGAAUAAGAGCAAGGUUUAUAAAAACAUAUUAUGGACUGAUAUUUUCAGUUUUAUUUGCAAGAAAAUGAUCAAUGGAAUGAAAUAACUGAAGUAUAAGAGAAGAUAUAUUUUUUAAAAAGGAAGCCUUUGUACAGAUCGCCGGAUCCACAGAAGCACUACCCCAGCGCAGAAAGAUGCCUUAAUCUUAAAUACACCCAUUUGUGCUACAUCAACUUACUGCUACAAAAGUGACUUAAUUUUACUCUGGAAAUAACACCCACCUGUUAUGAGAUGCUACACUAUGAGCUAUCAAGUCACAUGUUAACAGAGUAUAUGUAUUUUUUUGACAUCUGAGUUAAAUAAUUAAGUGUUGUUUCUUAGUAUCCAUAUUAAGUUUCACUCCUGAAACACAAGCUGAAAAGUUAUCUUAAGUACAUGUAGGGCAGUAUAGUGGCUGAAGGUGAAUAAUAAUAUCUAUUUACUGUUGCUUAUACUGUGUAAGGAAAAGAAAAUAACCUUUUUUUUAUUGUGUGUUGCUGAUUUAUAAUUACUGUUUUAUACUUUUCAACAUUUAUAAUAAAGUUUUUUAUUGUUGGCUAUAAGAUAACACUCAGAAAGAUUCAGAUAUCUAAAUAUAAUUAUUUAAAACAUGGAGCACAUUUGUAUGAUUCAUUGAUGGCUUAGUUCUAAGCAUUAAUAUAACCAUGUAAUGUAGUGUUGUGCCUGAGGCUUAAAGGAAACUUGGCAGCAUAGGAAACAUUUUUGGUUCUCGCUACAUUUAAAUUACUUUUUUGUUGAACUUUCAUGGGUAUUUUUAUGGUCAGGGAGUCACAAAGGCACAUGUGCUAUAGAAAUAUUGGACACAGAAU